AUGCUUCCUUCCAAUGCGCAGAACAUUGAAAAUGUUCGUAAGAAAACUUUGACUUCUGAGCAAGCGGUUGAGAUCUUCGCUCAGAGGAACGUUGAGUCCGGUUUCAUUUCUGUGGAGAGCAAUUUUUUGUCGAAGAAGUAUGGCGUAAGCGCUAAGACUGUGCGCGACAUCUGGAACCGAAAGUCAUGGACCGAAGUGACAAGGCCGUUGUGGACGGCGAAAGGUAAAGAGCUUGAAGCGUCGAAGGUGCUCCAGCAGCUUGUGAACGAGAAUGGAAAGGGCGCAGGCAGAUGUGAAAGUGACAGCCAAUCUGAGGAGUGGAAUAUCUUGUCUACAACAUCAGCAGCUGUCGAGAGAAGUCAGUCACGCGAGCGCAGUGUGCUGUUCAUAGAGAAUCGAGCAAACACUGACGUGUUGUGCAAGCCUGCACGGGUAGCCGAUACGCAACGGAUGGUAACGGAGGAGCUGCUGUCGAAGAAGCGAGGGGCGGCUGAGGCGACGAGCGAUACACAGCAGGUAGAGAAGAGGCAGAAAGCGAUGGAACACUUCUCAAAAGGUCCUGCUGUAAAGAUGACGAAUAGCUGUGGUGUGGCAUCAGAGAUCUCAGCGCUCCUGCAGCUGCUGGUGCAACAGCAGAAGAAGAUCAUGGACCAGCAGCAGCAGAUCUGGUACAUUUUCGAGGGGCAUGAGCGACGAACUUUGAAGAUGCGUUGA